AAGGGCUAAAGCAGGCUUAUUUGGGGAAAGGACAUGAAGAACUAGGUAGCAUCACAACAGGCUUACGUGAACAUUUGGACAAAGCGCAAAUUUUUUUCUGAGCAUGAAAGGGGUUUCUCACCUUCCCUCCUUCCAACUCUGCUCAAAUUUUAUGGUUUCUUGAAAAUUUCUGCUUAUUUGCAGAGGGUUUAGUCAAAUUUAAGCCAUUUUGUUUGUACCCUUUAGUAAAUACCAAGUAGAAAUAGCAUGGCUGAGCAUAAUUAUGCAGAUGAUGAUGAUGAUUUUGCUCCUCUUCUGAAGAAGUUGAAGCUUCCAUUCUUGAUUACCUUCAAUGAUGUCAGGCAUGUUUUCAGAUUGGAUGAUCUGGGUAUGGAGAUACUGUGUAUUGCAGUCCCUGCAACUCUUGCAUUAGCUGCAGAUCCCAUUGCUUCUCUGAUUGAUACUGCAUUCAUUGGGCAUUUAGGUUCUGUGGAAGUUGCUGCUGUUGGAGUUGCCAUUUCCAUCAUCAAUCAAGCCAACAAGGUUACCAUAUUCCCUCUCGUUAACAUUACAACUUCCUUUGUUGCAGAGGAAGGCACCGCUAAAAAGAUUAGUGAAUCGUCAAGAAUCGAGGGGGGCUCGGGUAAAGGAUCACCCAAGGGUUAUGAACUGAUAGAACUAAAGCCAGAAGAAGAUUCUGAUCUUGAAAACAUGGAGAACGCUUCGGCCAUGAGCAACAAAACAAAGGAAUUUGCACCAGAAAACGUUCUUUCAUCAAAUUCUGAAACAACUGUGCCUCAAUCUCCGAUUGGUACUGGGAUUGGUGGAGGAAAAGGAAAAGGAAAAGUUAAGCGCGAGAAACAACAGAUCCCUUCUGCAUCAACUGCAUUAAUAAUGGGUUGCGUUCUUGGCCUUCUCCAAACAGUCAUCCUCGUAGUUCUGGCAAAACCACUUUUGAGCUUAAUGGGUGUCAAAUCUGAAUCUCCCAUGUUAAACCCCGCACGAAAGUAUCUAACUCUGAGAGCACUUGGAGCCCCCGCUGUUCUUCUGUCCUUGGCAAUGCAAGGAAUCUUUCGCGGUCUAAAGGAUACUACAACCCCUUUAUAUGCCACUGCUGCAGGCAAUUCAACAAACGUAAUCUUGGAUCCAAUCUUUAUAUUUGCUUGUCGUUUGGGUGUUAGCGGUGCUGCUGUUGCUCAUGUAAUCUCUCAGUACUUAUUAGCACUGAUCCUGUUUUGCAAGUUGAUGCAAGAAGUCGAGUUGUUACCACCGAGUUCUAAAGAUUUGCAGUUCAGUAAAUUUCUCAAGAACGGUUUCUGGUUACUUGCACGGGUGAUAGCCGCGACAUUUUGUGUGACCCUGGCCGCUUCUCUGGCUGCACGACAAGGCUCGAUACCUAUGGCCGCAUUUCAAGUCUGCUUACAGGUCUGGUUGACUUCAUCGCUCCUCGCUGAUGGCUUGGCCAUUGCAGGACAGGCGAUUCUUGCUUCUUCGUUUGCUGAGAAAGACUACAAGAAAGCUGAGACCGUAGCUUUCAGAGUGCUGCAGAUGGGGUUCGUGUUGGGACUUCUACUUGCUGUUGUCGUGGGAUUAGGUUUAUGUUUUGGAUCAGGAGUUUUCUCGAAGGACAAAAAUGUUAUUGGCCUUAUAACCAUAGCCAUCCCGUUCGUUGCAGGCACGCAGCCAAUCAAUUCGUUUGCGUUUGUUCUCGAUGGUAUCAACUUCGGAGCAUCUGAUUUCUUCUACUCUGCAUAUUCAAUGGUUCUGGUGUCUGCAAUGACCAUUGCCUCCGAGUUCCUUCUCUUGGAAAACAAUGGUUUUAUCGGGAUAUGGAUCGCGCUAAGCAUAUUCAUGCUUCUCCGCACAAUCGCUGGCCUUUUGAGGAUGGGAACAGGAACAGGACCCUGGCAUUUUCUUAGGGCUCGGACAAUAGGGGAACCCAAUUUAUGAUUGUACAUAUAUCUAACAUCUUGUAUGUAACAUUGAAAUCUCAAUUUUGUAGGUAUAUAAUCCUUGAUGCAAUAUGGACUCUGGUCCAUGAUAUAAUUUCUCACUCUCCUCUA